AUGAACAAAUCUUUCAACAACUCAAAGGGUGACCUUUUAGCUACCACAAACGAGACGAGCUCCUAUAUCUCACGCCUUCUCAAUCCAGACAAUCAUCACCAGCGUCAGUUUCGCAGCACUGCUCUAUGUAGCCCCAUAAAGCCCGAUCCCAGCAAGGUCCUGCUCCACAAUAGCGAUCCUUGCUACGACUGGAUCUUCAGCUCCGCGUCGAACGCUCACAUCGCCAUUGACCGUUCUGCCUUCAAGACAUACACUCCUUUCAUGACCUACGUUCUUGCCAUUUCCGAUCACCGCCAGAUUCCCGUUAAGGGCAUCGGCUCAGUCGAUCUCGAUCUCCGACGCAAGAAGGGUAGCAGAAAGUGCCACACCAUCACGCUUGAGCAUGUCCUGCACGCUCCGAGCUGGAUGUGCAAUAUCUUCUCAGAUGUUUAUUUCGAGCAAGGAAACGGAAAGUUCGAGCAUACUUGGGGUGACGAGGGAGUUCAGUUCAUGAAGAGGAAGGAUGGGGGUGAACUGCGGACAUGGGGCUUUACGGAGGAUUUCUGUGGGUUAGAGAGGCUCGUGCUGGCGAGAAACCUGAACGGGACGAGCCCCAUGCUUGACGACCCGGACAGGGAAGUGUUCUCAAUCAACGUUAAGUGGCCGCAGGGACAACAGGAUCGUUGGGAGGUCUUCCUCGAGGAGCAGGAGAGGAAGCGUGAGGACCAGAAGAGAAUGUUGGUGAAACGAGAUGGAAAUGUCAGGCAGAUCAGUGAGAGCUCGAUGGCUUCAAAGGCUUGA